CGAUUGCUUAAAAAAUGAUGACUAUUAUUUUCGGCAAGCGGCGAUCGGAUUUGCCUGUGGCUUUGAGCGGGAGGCUGCGCUGAAGCGUCCGGGAUCCCUUCUCGGGGCUGGUGUUCUUUCGGGCAUUGUUGCCUGCCGAAGCCAGAGCCGAGCCUGAGUGGUGGAUUCCGAGGCAUAAGGGAAGUGUUGGCAGCACGACUUCGGUAUCCGAGGGAGCGUUUUCGGGCCGGGGAGCAGCCAUGGCGUUCAAGGCCCGGGCGCUGUACAACUUCCAGAGUGAAAACAAGGAAGAAAUCAGCAUCCAGGAGAACGAGGAACUGGUCAUCUUCAGCGAGAACUCCGUGGACGGGUGGCUGCAAGGGACAAACAGCCGGGGAGAGACCGGCCUCUUCCCCGCGUCCUACGUGGAGAUCCUCCGCUCCAGGUCGGCCUCGACGUACACGAACCAUUCCAACAGCCCCGGCGGGUCGCCGGCCAACGGGUCGUCCUUCUACGCCUCCCCUUCCAACACCAGCGUCUCCCACCAGGGCAGCUUCGAAGACGACGACGACGACGACUGGGACGAUUGGGACGACGGGUGCACGGUGGUGGAGGAACCCCACAGUGGGAUGAGCACCAACGGGCACCCGUCCCCCAACCUUCAGCAUCCCCGGGCGUACCCGCACCCGAACAACGCGGGCUACCGCCCCAAGCCUGCUUUAGAGAGACAGGACAGCCUGGGCGCUUCCAAAAGGGGCAGCGUCGUAGGGCGCAACCUAUUCUCUUCCUUCGUCCGGUCCGGCGUGGAGGCCUUCAUCCUGGGGGACGUGCCCAUACUGGCCAAGACCCCCGAGGCGUACUACAUCGACAUGGGGGCCAAGGGCCCCCAGUGGCGCCCCAGCCCCCUCCCUCUGAUGUGCUCGGUGGAGGACCCCACCAAGCAGACCAAGUUCAAGGGCAUCAAGAGCUACAUCUCCUACCGCCUGACGCCCAGCAACAGCCACUCCCCCGUCUACCGGCGCUACAAGCACUUCGACUGGCUCUACAACCGCCUCCUCCACAAGUUCACCGUCAUCUCCGUCCCCCACCUGCCCGAGAAGCAGGCCACCGGCCGCUUCGAGGAGGACUUCAUCGAGAAGCGGAAGCGGCGCCUGAUCCUCUGGAUGGACCACAUGACCAGCCACCCGACCCUCUCCCAGUACGAGGGCUUCCGCCACUUCCUCAACUGCCGCGACGACAAGCAGUGGAAGAUGGGGAAGCGGCGGGACGUGGAGGACCGGGUGGACACCUUCAAGGCCUUCAGCAAGAAGAUGGACGACAGCGUCCUCCAGCUGGCCAACGUGGCCUCCGAGCUGGCCCGCAAGCACGUCGGGGGCUUCCGCAAGGAGUUCCAGAAGCUGGGCAACGCCUUCCAGGCCAUCAGCCACUCGUUCCACAUGGACCCGCCGUACAGCCUGGACGCCCUCAACGGCGCCAUCUCCCACACGGGCAAGACCUACGAGACGGUGGGGGAGAUGUUCGCCGAGCAGCCCAAGAACGACCUCUUCCUCAUGCUGGACACCCUCUCCUUGUACCAGGGACUCCUUUCCAACUUCCCGGAUAUUAUCCAUCUCCAGAAAGGUGCGUUUGCCAAGGUGAAGGAGAGCCAGCGGAUGAGCGAUGAAGGGAAGAUGGACCAGGAGGAGGCAGACGGGAUCCGGAAGCGCUGCCGGGUGGUGGGUUUCGCCCUGCAGGCCGAGAUGAACCACUUCCACGAGAGGCGGGUGUUGGACUUUAAGAAGAUGAUGCAGUCGUACCUGAAGCAGCAGAUCCUCUUCUAUCAGAGGGUCAGUCAGCAGUUGGAGAAGACGUUGCGGAUGUACGACAACCUCUAGUCCUCUCGGGGCCUCCGCUUGCCUGGAUUGUCUUCAGAACCGGGCAGGAUCCAAUGUGGCUCUCCCGAGCCCCGUUUCACCAACCAGGAUUAUUCUGUUGGACUUUCCUGUGCUCGUCUCGAGGUUGAUCUUUCCCCCCUUCUGUCCCCAACGGAGGGGGAAAAAAACGUUAGGAGACGUAUUGCGUUGUCGGGACUGUACGCGUGGGGUCGGAAGACGGCGCUUUGGAGUCAGGGGUUCCGGCUUUACGGACAAACAACCGAACACCAAAUGAUUAGAAAGGGAAGCCCAAAACACUCAAAACCAAAUCCCAUAUUUAAACUCCGUUGUUUCGUUUUGUUCAAACUGGUUGGCCGAGUCCUGGCAAAGGGUGUUUGUGACAUUCCGGGGAAUGUGUCCUCCUCCUUCUUUGAGAAGGGGCCCCGCUGAGUACCCCCCCAGCCCUCCUCUACGGCUGCCAACCUCCAGGCAGGGCCUGGAGAAC